AUGGAUCAAGGUGAUACAGGAGGUAACAGCUCAGAUAGGGAGAGGUUGCAGUGGCUUGACCUCAUACGUGGAUGCCUUCAAGCAGGUGACAGAAGGUUAGCAAUAAAUGAACUGAUGAAUGUAAUAAAGCUGGCAAGACUUGAGGUUGAGCGAUUACAGACCGAAAAGGAGGAUGAAAGAGCAAGAGCUGGAAAAGAGAAGUGGUCACUAGCAGCUGAAAUGACGAAGAAACUCGAGUCUAAACAACAUCAUGUAGACAGUUUGACAGAAUUGCUAGAGGAGAAAGAGCGAAAUGAGACGACACUAAGACAGCAAGUGGAAGAAUUAAAGAAAGAAGGAGAGAAAGAGAGAGCAAGAGGUGAACAAGAGAAGCGCUCACUGGCGGCAGAAAUGACGAAAGAAAUCGAGUCUAAGCAACAGCGUGUGGACAGUUUGACAGAAAUUGUACGAGAGAAAAAGCGAAACGAGUCGUCUCUAAAACAGCAAGUUGAAGACUUAAAGAAAGAAGGAGAGGAAGACAGAGCACAUCAUCAUUCGAGGAUAGUUUAUCCGGAGGACUGGGAAGCCGGCAGUGACACAUUACUAGCAGGAGAGGAGCACCCAGAUGAUGAGUUUGCAGACAUUUUAAAGCAGAUAGCUGUCGAACUUUACGAUGAAGACAAGAUUGACAGCCUUGGUGGUCAACUGGGAUUUCUACAGGGUGAUAUACAGAGAGCACACAUGACCAAUAUGAGGUUCAACCGUGUUACCAGUGAUGGAACUCGUCAUAUGCUGAACCAAUGGAGAAGAGGUGUAUCCAGGGAAGAUGAACGGGUAGAGCUCAGGAAGGCACUGCAAGCUGCCAAGUUGGUCAACCUUGCAGAACAGUUUCUCAGGGAAGAUACACAGAUCGAUGCUGAAUAUGUAAACGAAGACGCCGACGAUCAGCAGCUCUCUAUCAGAGAUGGGACCUCUCAAGAACAGGACCGGACCGAACGACAUACUGACACCAAGGUACUUCAGGGAACUACAGCAAGCAGUGACCACACUCCACGAGAUGGGCAUACAGGAGACAUGGCUUCCAAAACCCAGGAGGGCUUGAAAGAUGGAAGUAGGAGUCAACAUCCUGACAAGUCUUUGAAGCGCAGUACAGAAAAAUUUGAUGCACCUGCAGUGAUUUCUGAAGACGUGUCCUCUGGAGAAGUUAAUGCUGGUGAUGAUAUGACCGAUGUAAGUAGCAUUCAACCUGCUGAACCAUCGUCCAGCCAUGAUGUGCAAGUCCUACCUGAAGACAUGUCUGGGAUAGCCCCUCUGGUAUCUUCUGGUGAGAAACCUAACGAGGAAUCCACCAUCUUGGAUAAAAGUCAUGUACUAGGUGGAAUCUUAAGUGACGGAGAAGAUCUGAUUUCUCAACUCGUUCUUAUUGAUACAUCCCCGGAGAAAAUAUUCCUCCUUUUACUUAGCGGGACACACCCGUAUGUUUCAAUAUGUGAGUACCCCCCCCCCCCUCCCCCCCCCCCCCCCCUGGAUCCGCCACUGCCUUCCCUCGCUCUC